UAGCAACCAACAUGGCUUCCAUUUCUUAUGUGACUUUUGAAAAUUGUACAAAACUUGUGAAAUAAACAAUUAAUUAUCGGAUAAGAUGUGGUAUUGCAACACGAAGCUUUUGGCGUUUUACAAGCAUGUAUAAAACUGAUUAUCAGGGUGGACCCUUUGUUGAGAUUUUUUCUGCCCAAGGCAAAGACCCCUUACAUGGCUGGAAACAUGGUGGAGGGAUUAGAAGAGAGUAUGAGAAAGACGUCAAAGGCUACCUGUACUGUCUGGAAGGUUCCACCACCACCACAAAGAUACAGCUUCCUAAAGCCAACCUUGUACAGAGAUUCCUAGUCUUUCAGGUGUUUGUUCCAAGAGGAAAAGAAUUUUCUUUUGAAAUUGGGGUUAUAGAUCAAAGGAAGAACAAGAGGAGACUGAUGUUUUCCUCAGCACAGAAAGACAUACAGGCAAACGAGCUCCACGCUCGUAUACCCCUCACUAUAGUCAGGAGACACAUGUGGCUUAAUCUGUGUGUGGAUCUAGUGUCUGUUGUGGGGGACACGUGGAGGGGUCAGACGUACCGCUGUGUUGAGUCUGUCUGUGUGUCUGCCAACUGUAAACUGCGAAGGAUAUUUACGUUGAAAACCCAGCCACCUGACACUGCAGAGGAUGAAGAGAUGUAUGGCUGUGAACCUUGUAACACAGGAGAGCUGGAAAUCAUUCCUAAACAGUGUCAGUUUGCUACGGAUGUACAGUUUGUUACUCAGGUUUUAAACAUGGCCAAAAUCAAGCAUGCUGAAAGGUUAAAAGGAGGAGAUAACUCUGUCAGAUCAUCCACUGAGAUAGAUCUCAAUGCCAGUGGAAGACGAACCUCUCUCAAUGAUUCAGGAUAUCACAUCGCAUUUGGAACUAAAGUUCCCGGGGCUCCCACAGCCAGCAAAAACAAGGGAAAUCUUACAAACAGAAGUAAUCGGAGUGCAGUAUCUAGAGCUGAUGAUGCUGUGAAUGAAGAGUCAACAUUCAGAGAUCUUUCAGACAGUAUCUUCCGAGAUGGUGGGGGAUUUGAUCCUGGUGGGGGAGGGGAGAGACCUCCAGAGACAGUACACCGAGCAGUAUUACACAGACGACAGCUCUCAGACCCAGCCACACAGCAAGACCUAGAAAUGGCCAGUCGAAUAGAUUAUGAGAAGCCUGACUUGUUGGUGAAACCCCACCCUCCACGGGAACCUUCCACAGAUCGACUUCGGAGGCGAAUCCGGGUUAAAAAUGGGUCCAGCAGCUCAAACAAAGAUCGGGGAUCCAGUGCAGGGUCAUUAAAAGAUGAAGCUACAAGCUCAGUCAGCGGAACAAGUUCAGCUAAGACUACCAGUUCACAGCGGGGAGGGGCAGAAGAGGGGCGUCGCCAGAGACUAGUGUCUGACACAGAGCUGAUCAGUAAACACAGGGGUGAAAAAGGGAAAUCCCCAGGGAAAGGUAGUGAAGAGGACAUCCGUAUGUCUGAGUCUGAAUCUGGAAUAUCUUUGUCACAGUCUUAUAGAAAAGAGUAUAAUCGUGGUGACUAUGAGGGAGAUGGGGCUGUGAUGGAUGACUCCUUGAUGGGCGUGAUCAACAUCUUGAACCCUGGCCCCGGGAAUCUGGAAGAGGAUGAGAGGGAGGAUCUGGGAGAGUAUGAGGAAAGUGAAGAGGAGCCGGAGUCAGACAGUGGAAUGUUUCUUUUUGUGUCAAAACCUAAGUCUGCUCCCCGACGCCAUGUCUCUCCUAGUCAGCUGGAAACAGAAGAAGAAACACAGGUCAAGAGUCCAUCUUCUUCAAAAGGGAAACAACAGAGGGGACCAAAGCUGGAGAAUGACUUUGUCCACAGUAGUGAUUCCAGCUUUGAGGAUGAGGAGACCCAGAGACGUAAAAUAGUGCCUGGAUCUCGCCCCACCAGUGGCUCCUCUAGCAGACCCCACAGUGGUUCAACAACCAGUAGACCACAAAGUGGUGCCUCAAGCAGACCCACCAGUGGUACCACCAGUCGACCUCACAGUGGUACCAGUAGACCACAUAGUGGGUCCAACCGUCCACUUAAUGUCCCAAGGCCCACAAGUGCAAAAUCACAGUGCAUUUCUAGUGUUAAAAAUAGUGCUACAAAUCACAUUAGUCCCAAGAACUGUAAAAAUGUUCCUAAGCCCCAGAGAAAGGAUAAAAUAGACCUUUUGACCAAUCACAUGCCAAAAACAGCAGAAAGUCCCGAGCUUCAGAUGAGCUCGCAGCUUCCCACUCAGCGCUCGGACAUAACCAAUGGGAGUCUGUCUAGUAGGAGUGUUUCUAGGAUGAGUCGUAAAUCUGUGAAAGAGAUUCCUAAGGAUGAUGUUCGUCUGUCUGUGAUAAAGUCUUCUGAGAAGCCUUAUGAUUUUACCAAAUACAGUGCAAUAAACUAUAAAAUGGAGGACAUUACAGAUUCUUUUGAAGCUGGCAUGUUCUCUAGCAUGAAAAGACAAACUGAAGAAGAUUACGAGGACAUUUCUGUCAGCGAGUCCCCCCAUAAACUUGUUCCUCCAGCUCCAACAGGUGCUAUCAGCAAUAAAACCCCUCCCAAUCCAUCUCCCAGAGAAGCGGUCAACAAUCACAGAAAUUUAUACGAUUUCUCCCCCACUCUGACCCUAACUAGUGAUGAAGACAGCACCUGGCAGGCACCUCCAACAGAGAUGAAGUUAGGAGUCAGUACGGACACACUGACUUCCUCCAACCCACGAGACUGGAGUGGUGCUUUUAGUCCACCCAUUGUGUUCCCUGGGGGCCGCCCAUCUGACUCUAUAGAAGAUCUAUCCAGCUGUUCAUUAUCACCACGCAAAAAUGUUACCACACUAGAUACAAAGUCACAUGAACAGAUUUAUGCACCGUCCACUCGAGAUGAUGGGACGGAUGAAGACGAGUUGGAUUUGUUAUACGACUCAUGUCUGAACUGUUACUAUGAUCCACACACUCAAAAGUAUUAUGAGCUCAUCUGAGAUAUGUCUGAACCCUGAACCACACAGUGAUUCAACCACUCAGAAGUAUUAUGAGCUCAUUCUAGAUAUAUCUGAGCCCUGAACAGUAGAAUGACUCAGCCUCUUAAGACGAGCUCAACUGAAAUCAAUCUGAACCCUGAACUGUACAGUGACUCAAUCAUACAGAAGUAUCACAAGCUCAUCUGAAAUCAGUCUGAAUCUGAACCGUACAGGGAUUCAGAAAAGGAGACAUUAUGAGGUCAUCUGAAAUAAGGUUUUUUUGACUCUUAAAUGUUGGUUGAACUCGGUUUCAUUACAAUGUCAUCUAAAAUCUAAUGGCUUGUGUGCCCAAAGACUUCAGUGUAUUGUGGGGUGAAUUUAAACCUUUUAUCUCAGACUUUCAUUGAUCUUUCAAUUUGUCAAAAUAUCUUUUCCUGAGGACUAAGUUUCUAUAUACCAAAAUUGAUCUGAUGCAAUAUGUGCACUUAAGGAAGCUCUAAAUGUAGGGUAGUUUUAUUCACUUAGAGUGAUCUGCCCUUAAAAAUGAGGUAGAGUAACUGGUAAUCUACACUUAUUAUUGACACAAAUUGUAAUGGAUUAAAGUAUUCUCACCAUUAGACCAAGAUAACAUAAUUUAGUAAAAACAGUGAUUUCUGUUCACUAAUACUCUAUCCUUUUUAACAUUUUUCCUGGGAAAAUUUGGCAGGUACACUAUGAUGGAAAUGAACCAGAUAAACACAAUAUGUACGUCUUAAUAUGAUAUAAUUUUCUUAAAGUCCAAUAAACAUUUUUCAUUAGUGUGUAGAGCUUCGUUAACCUCCAGUGUACAACAAGAACAUCAGAUUUUCAGAAGAAAAAAAAGAAAGAUUGGUAUGGUCUCCCUUGUCUGAUUCAGUGUAUGAUGUACCAUCAGUCCUUGUCUUUAAACAGAAAGCUUUUUUUCAAGAUUUUAGCUUGGCUGUGCUGUGUUUAUGUGAACAGAUACAUUCCAUCAUGGGCCUUUCAGAUCUAUCUCACUAAUGCACCUGAUAUAUCAAUGGUAUUCUAUACCCAUGUUAUGUUGGAGUAAAGCGAUCUGAGGGCCAGUAAUAACAUAGGCUAUGUCAGUGAUACUUCUAUCUAGAAAUCACACAAAAGAUAGUCCUCUUUCCUUUAAUCAUACUUUCAUCGUAAGUGCCAUGAGCUUCACUAGAAAUUGCAUGUUAUUACAAGUCUUUACCAUUUAGAACAAUAAGCAGGGUUGGCUGGGAAAUACCAGUUGUGGUAUUUAAUUACUUAAUCCUCUUCAUGCUACUUAGCACGCAAGGUCUUCACCAGAGACAGUGGUGAUAUUUACCACUGGUAAUUACUGGUAUUUCCUGUCCAGGUAAAUAAAUACUACAGAUUUUCUCGAAAUGAGAAAUAUUGGGAAAUACAACUUUAAGUUUAAUUUUUUUUAUUUUUUGAUUUAUUCAGUGAAAUAUAUAAUUGAAAAAUCAAAGAAACAAAGUAAAUUUUAAAAACACAAGACGAAUAUGUCUCAAACUUUAAAUUCAACAUGUUCAGAGUGUCGGCACUGUGUAUCACCACUCCAGGUACCCUACCCUCUGUGCAUUUUGUAGCAAAAAACAAGUUUCUUUUUAACUGUUUAACAAAAUUGAAAUUUUUUAGUUAGACUUCUUUUUCACAUUUGUUGUAUUUUACAGAUUAUUAAUUAAGUAAAGAACAAAAUAAACUUGUUUUGGACCUUAUAUAAACACUAGGUAUUACAAUCAAACAUGAUGUUUUAACAAAUUGACAGUGGUGUGCUCCUAUUUUGAGAGAUUUUUACCUUGAUUAGAGUUAAAGGCUUUUUAAGUUUGACAUCUUUUCCAUUCUUUUUCUUAAGCUUUAUACAAUUAUAUAGAAAGGAAUGUUCCACAAAUGGGGUUUUUGGUUCAUUAUUAUGGAUUCUGAACUGUAUAGACUACAUCUGACACAAUUAUUGAACCAAUGACACUGAUCUAUCAGUAAACUGUAUUAUGAUUAUUUACAAAGAGAAGUAUUACUGGGUAGUUGGAAAUUCUUAACAAAAAGACAAUGAUAAGAUAUUUCAGCUAAUAAUGUGUACUAGGUAGCUCAACAGAUAGGAUAAAAAUUUUGAAAAUGUAGCUUUACUUUUAAAUUCCCAGCAUUUCCCAGAAAAUUGUACCAGUAAUUCCUGGGAAUUACCAGUAUUUCCCGCCAUCCUGGAAAAUGAGUAUUUUCCAUUUUUUUGCCAACCCUGACUAUAACUAUAAGCAAAUGUUCAUAAAAAUAAUUUUUGCAUAAAAAUGGAAGGAGUGUGUGUAUAUGUAAAUUAAUUCUAUUUUUAAUGUAUGAAUAUCAGCAUUUUAAACCUACAUUGUGGAACACUAUUUUUGUACCAUUCAUGAAAACUCUGUGAUCAAUUGUGAUUUAAAUAUACAUAUAUUUAAAGUGUUGUUAUGUAGAUUGAACAGUAACUGUUACUGAAGAACAUUCAUGUUUAAUAAACAUGUUGAUAACUGUAA